AUGGAGACCCCGAACCAGAUUCAAAUCGACCUUGGUAAUCUCAUGGCCUUCGACCCUCAUCACCACUUCCCCUCAGUCCCCUCCUCCAGGGAGGAAUUAGUGAAGGAAUGUCUAACAAAAGGCACUGAGUUGGUUCAAUCGAUUGCGGACAAACUUUUCAACUUACCUUCAACUGAAGACAUAGAUGGUCCCCUUGUGCAGUUGCCUCGUCCAGAAACUAAAUUGCCCAGGGAGAAGCAUCUUCCAGUGCCUAAACCUCCUACAAAAUGGGAAGAGUUUGCCAAAGCGAAAGGUAUAAAGAAUCGUAAAAGAGACAAGGUUGCAUAUGAUGAACCAAGUCAGUCGUGGAAACGUCGCUUUGGAUAUGAUCGUGCAAAUGAUGAGAAUAGUGUGCCUAUCAUUGAGGCGAAGAUGACUGAUGUGCCAGGGGAAGAUCCUUUUGCUAAAAGACAAGAUGAAAAAAAGAAACGAGUUGAAAAACAAGACAAAAAUAGGUUGCAGAACUUGAAGCAAGCUGCAAAAGUUGGUGCUCUGCCAAGUCAUGUUCAACUAGCUGCUACAAGGUUGCCCAUAACGGGAACCCAGGCUGCACCUAAGAAGGUUACUAAAGACGAAUUGGGGAAUGUAGCUGGAAUAGCAGCAACUGCAACAGCCAGUGGUGGAAAGUUUGACAAGAAAUUGCCAGGCGAAAAGCCUUCUAAACAUAAAGGAAAGUUUCGCAAGUUUUUACCAGUUGUAGAAGGAAAGGGCAAACACUCGCAAGAGAAGGAGCAAACAGAGAAAGUUCUGAACAAGCUAAUGUCUAAGAAUUCCCAUGAGAUACUUAAUGUUGACAAGGCUGUUAACAUGUAUAAUGUCAAGAAAGACAAGAAACGAAAGAACAGACCGGAGAAGUCUCCAGCAUCCUCAAGCAAGUUGAAACCAAAGAAGAACCUUCACAAGAAGCCAUUAAAGAAGGGAUCUUCAAGUAACAGCAAGGGAAAGUGA